AUGACGACGACUACUACUACUACCUCGAAAACGUUGCUGCAACACCGCCACCAACAACCGCAUAACUCUUCUGCGUUGUUAUUGUCUUCUUCUUCGCGAAGGCAACAAGGCAAAAAGCAUCGUCUUUUUUCAACAAAAAGCAAACGUCAUCAAAAUAAUAAUCAAUUCGUCACGACGUCGGCGUCUGCGUUCGAACGAAGAUACGUCUCAUCCACGGCUUCUUCCUCUUCACCAUCCACAUCUACAAAGUCUAUGAUGUGUGAUUUGUUAACCGACGAUGAGUCCAUUAAAUGGGCAUCUGCCAAAGCGCUCGUCAUGGAGCUCGGAUUCGAUGACGACGAGGCGGACAAAGUCAUGCAAAAAGGUUUCGGCUGGGGCAAACAAGAUUACUGGAGAAACGAGAAAGUGAGAGAAAUACCAGACAUGGACGAAAUCGAAAAGCGAAUUCAGUUCAUCGAAUCGCUCGGCGUAGCUAGGGAUAAAAUAGACGUCAUUGUCGGUAAACUUCCGGAAAUAUUAGCGAUGGACAUAGACGGCGUGAUGAAACCGGCGGUGGAGCACAUCGAGAAAAAUUUCUUCAUGAAGCGAGGAACGCCGGCGUUCGCAAAGUACGUCAUUCGCGUCCCACAGGCGUUAGGUAACACGAUCGAUUGUGAAGGAACGUGCGUUGGCGAUUGCAACAGGUGUUGGGUGAGAGUGUAA